AUGUCGAACCCGAAAGAGAACGAAUACGCCCGAAAGUUCAACACGGACUAUUCGCGGCGCUUGACCUCAAAUGCACCGUACUCACUUCGGCACUCCGGUCAGGAUAAGAGUCAGCCGUCAUCAACGGACUCAACGAAAUCGGUCGAGGCACGGGAGAAGCGUAACGAGCGGAUCCUCCUCGCCGAUUCCAACCCGACAUCUGAUGACAGCUUCGAGGACGCCCACGAUAAGACGUUCCUCGAGCCCAAAGCUGACUUAGCAGCCCCGUCCCACCCGACCGGGGGGGAAUCGGAGAAGCUGCAGGCUGAGACCACAUUGUCUCAUGCCGAGGCGGAACACCCACAUGGUGUACCGACCUCCUUGGACUCAACAGAAGGACCUCAACUGAGCUCACAGAAAGCUCAGGAGUCGGUAACGACCAUGAAAGUCACCGACUCUGGACGCAAAUCACCCAACCAGACGGAUAAUGCGAAGAAGUCGACCUCGCCUAACUCGGAAAAGAUCGAAGACGUCAAUCGACUCAGGAAACGAUGCCAGGAUUUGAUAACUCAAAUCGUCCUGGCCGACCAAAUCGUUAACUCCACGGAAAGUCAGAUGUCACGAUCGGAGGAUACCCAUAAGCUUGAACGAAGGCGAUGGGAAAAAGAACUCGCUGAAGCCAACAAUGGCAUAGCCGCUCAACAGCGCCGGAUAGAACAUCUGGAAAGCCACCUCAAGAGGUCCGACAACCCAUGUCGGUACGACUUCGAGGAGGUUGGACGACUUAGAAGUACACUUGCGACGUCGGUGGAAUCGGUCUUUGAACUUAAAAGACGGCUCGCCACCGUGGAAAAAGACCUGGCUGACACACAAACAGCCUUGGUUGAAUCGGAACUGGCAGCAGGAACAUUCCACCAACAGUUCAAUCAAGCCAACGAAGAGGCUGAAGUGUACCGAAACGAAGUCGACAGAUACAUUGUCGAACUCAAGCAGGCCGACGACGAGGUCGACCGGCAAAGACACCGUAUCGAACAACUCGAGACGGAGAUGGAAAUUCUCUUGGCCAGGGCAGGACGACAGUUAAUGGCUCACUAUAGCCAACAACCUGCCUCACCUGACCGAAGUAGAGCCAUUACCGACCUGGAACAAGCAAACGCCCAACUGGUCGACCAGGUUUACGGACUUAACGAUGUGCUGAAGGAGGAACAGAGACUCCGAGCACAGCUGGAACACAGCUUGGCGGAAGCCCAGAAAGUGUAUGAAGCGCAACAGAACCGCAUCACACACUUGGAAAUCCGCGAAAACGACCUGUACAACUAUGGUCUGGAUGCGGAUAAAUAUAUCGAUGACUUAAAUCGAUAUAUCGAUGAGAUGACCAAAUACACCGACGACUUGGAUACGGAGGUACGGUGCCUCCAGGAGGAAACGAAACACCUGGAACAAUCCAGGACGGACCCUCCAUCCUACAGGACUUCGAUGGCAACGGACUUCCACUUUGAACCGUCGCAAACUGUUCGAGAUAUCCUGUGGGACAUCCAACCUAAGGAGCAGAAGAAGGAACCGAACUUCUUCGUGGGUGUGGUGACAAACAACCCGCUCACCGGAACUCCACCGCAGCAACAGCCGCUGCCCCACCGUCCAGAACCGGAACGGAAUACAUCGACUGCGGCACCACAUGUGCCAACGUCAAACGUGCCGACAACGACGACGGCCACGCUAGACCAACAGGGUCGGGGAUACGCGGAACAAGGUUGGGAAGCAAACCCUCCCCCACCGCCUGCCAUGGACGCCCAACAAGCGGCUAACCGGGCAUUCCAGGAAACGAUGAUCCGCGUGUGUGCCCGCGGACGUAAGCAGAAAUUGCCGGAAUACGACGGCGACCAUAACAAACUCGAGGGAUGGUUGAAACAAAUCCGUCGAUUCUACGCGGAAGCACAAGAAUGGCAUGAAUCGGAUCACACGUUCAUGACAGACCUAAUCUCACGACUCGAAGGCCAGGCCGCACAAUGGCAUAGGGACACCGCCGGCAGUGAACCAGCCGGAGGAUGGCCAGUCAACCUUUGGUUGGCUAAGUUCGAAGAACGGUUCGGCGACAAAAACAAGGAAAUUAACGCCGUAACCGCCAUGGCCAAACGAAAGUACCGCUUUGGACAAGAGACGCCGGAACAGUACUAUGACGCCAUGAUGAACAUCAAGUCCCGAUGUGACACCAUCACGGACCAGAUGGCACUUUUCCAUCUGAAGGAUAACAUUCACGAACCCAAGUUACGAGAAGCCUUGGAGAUUCGUAUGCCGGCAACCCCGGUAGAACUGCGUGACUACAUACGCCAGUUCGUAAACGGAAAGGAGAUGUACGACGUGGUGAAGGGAUCACGGGAUACCGACUAUGCCCGGGUCCGAGCAACAACGCCUACACCAGCUCCUUUACCGCAGGCGCCAGUACAAACAGUGUACCAGCCAUACAUGAUGCCGGGAUACCAAAGUCCACCGGCAACGUACGUGCAACCGACCGUACCAAUGACGCCACCUGCGCAAAUGGCGCCGGUCCAGCAACCGACCUGGGCCGGAGUGGCGGCUGUCAACGUGGCAGCACCCCAACCAGUAGCCGGAGCCCCAACAAAUAACUACGGAGGCCCAAGUCCUGGCUCUGGAGGUAACCAGAAUAACGGAAAUUCUGGCUAUAACCAAAACCCAAACCAGGGAUACCCCGCUUACGGUCAGAAUCCCACACAAGGAUUCGGCGGCGGAGGUUAUGGUCGCGGAAAAGGACGUGGCGGCGGAAAUCGCGGUCGCGGUAACCGCGGCGGAGGCGGAAACCAACAGGGUAACCGACCUCCCCAAGCACAACAAGGUGCUCGGCAAUAUAUGACUUAUGUGGAUAAGAUGGAACAACUGUUCCUCCAAUGGACGCUGGCUGACAGCUUCACUUGCCACUUUUGCAAGUUCGGGAACCACCCCCAGGCACGCUGCGCGUUCAUCGGCACUCGGGUACAGGACAACCCGAAUCGCCGUUGGUACGAGGAUUGGCAUACGCGAUACCUGACGGGAGGACCGUUGGGUUCGGCCAACCCGAACUCGGCACAGAUCGUGCCACCCCCGCGCCAACGCCAACAAGGAGGAGGCUCGGGCGGCGCUGGUAACGGAAACCAGCAGGCCGGCUCAGGAAAUGGGUCGACCGGAAAUCGCAGGAACAGCGGUGGAGGUCAACAAGGAUCUCCGGAACAGCGGCAAAUGCUACCGCCACAUCAGCCCUUUGGCUCGCCGUCACCCAACAAUGGGCCGGCUCGGGGAAACUCCUCGGGAAACGCUUAA